AUGAGCAACAUAAGCAUGGUGGAGGCAAAGUUGCCACCUGGUUUCAGGUUCCAUCCAAGAGAUGAGGAGCUUGUGUGCGACUAUUUGCUAAAAAAGGUGACUCAGACUGACUCAACCCUUAUGAUUGAAGUUGACCUCAACAAGUGCGAGCCUUGGGAAAUUCCUGUAAACGCAUGUGUGGGAGGCAAGGAAUGGUACUUCUACAGUCAGCGGGAUCGUAAAUAUGCAACAGGACUUAGAACAAACCGUGCAACUGCAGCAGGGUAUUGGAAGGCCACAGGAAAAGACAGGCCAAUCCUUCGCAAAGGAAGCCUUGUAGGGAUGAGAAAAACCUUGGUCUUCUACCAAGGUAGAGCCCCCAAAGGCAGAAAAUCCGACUGGGUCAUGCAUGAAUUUCGGCUUGAAGGUCCCUUUGGUCCGCCUAAAAUCUCUUCUCACAAGGAAGAUUGGGUUUUAUGCAGAGUGUUUUGUAAAAACAGAGAAAUUGCUGCCAAACCCAGCAUGGGAAUUAGCUGCUAUGAUGACACAAGCAAUUCUUCUCUGCCUGCAUUGAUGGAUUCUUACAUCAGUUUUGAUGGCCAGCCUCAGACUCAGCCUCAGCCUCAGCCUCAUCAUGAGUAUGAGCAAGUGCCCUGCUUCUCCAUUUUCUCCCAAAGCCAAACCAGCCCAAUUUUCUCACACAUUGACAUCACUGGUGCUCAUUUGGAACCAAACAUGCCCACCAAGAACAAUAAUAACAACCCAGCCACAUUUGGGGCGCUGCCAAAUGUGACCAGUUUUCUUGACCCUUUUUCAUGUGACAAAAAGGUGCUAAAAGCUGUUUUGAGUCACCUUACCAAGAUGGAAGAAACUAGUUCUUAUCCUAAUUCGAAUGUGAAAGGCUCAUCACCACCAAGCUUAGGCGCAGGAAGUAGCUCAGAAAACUACCUAUCUGAAGUUGGUAUGCCCAACAUUUGGAGCCACUAUUGA